UCGAGUGUGUAGACUGCUCCGAGAUUAGUUUGUCGCAACACAAGAGUUUUAUGUCAGUCUUCCAAUUCAUAACACUAAAGAAAAGCUAUGUAGUGUUACUUUUUAUUUUAAUUACUUUAAUUUAUAAAUCUUCGAUAAAAUAUUCAACAAUCAAAUUUGCCUUCAUUCUUCUUUAGGGAAUUUAAAGAAAAUUUAUUUUUUAAAAGUUAACUUAAUUCCUUACUUCACUCUUACUAAUUAACAUGGAAGAUAUUCAAACCAAACGUCGCCAAUUGUUGGAUUCUAUAAAUUACACCAACAACACCAAUAUUAGUCAAUUGUGUACGAAUGAGUAUUGUGUUUCCGACGAGGACUACAUAGAAAUGAUAGAGGCGUACAUAUUUCCCACCCCCUACGAAUGGGUGCUGAUAUCUUUACACAUCACAGUCUUCGCUGUGGGCCUGGUUGGCAACUCGCUCGUAUGUAUAUCCGUAUACAGGAACCACAGCAUGAGAACCGUCACCAAUUACUUUAUCGUUAAUUUGGCAGUGGCAGACUUUUUGGUGAUUUUGGUUUGUUUGCCACCCUCCGUUUUGUGGGACGUCACCGAAACUUGGUUCUUCGGUGGAAUCAUGUGCAAGUUGGUGCUCUACUUUCAGAGCGUGUCAGUCUCAGUGUCUGUUCUUACGCUCACUUUCAUAUCCAUCGACCGUUGGUAUGCCAUCUGUUAUCCUUUCAAGUUCAAGAGCACAGCGGGAAAAGCCAAGGCAGCCAUAUUUUCCAUUUGGAUCACUUCCUUACUCUUGGUAUUACCAGACGUGAUUGUGUUGGAUACGAGAAUGCAUCCGAGUUUAAAAGUGGAAACACACUACUUGACUGAUUGCGCUUACACGUGGAGCGACGAUAACACCCAAAUUUAUCAGUUGGUUAUUGUUCUUAUACUAUAUGUAGCACCCUUCGCUCUCAUGUCGGUUCUUUACUACCAAAUUGCUCGAGUUCUUUGGAAUAAGAACAUUCCGGGAAGUGGUGAAUCCGAACUUACUAACAGAUCACUAGCAAAGAAAACUGAAAGAAAUGGUGCCUUGCGACACACCACAUCACAAGCAACUUUUGCAGGACAAAUCAGAUCAAGAAGGAAGGCAGCUAAGAUGCUUAUAGCUGUUAUUGUCAUGUUUGGUUUGUGUUAUUUACCAGUACAUCUUAUAAAUACUCUUAGGUACACAACGGGAUUACCACAGACACACUCUACAACGGUGGCAUCUCUCAUAUCCCAUUGGCUAUGUUACGCCAACAGCGCCAUAAAUCCACUUAUUUAUAAUUUUAUGAGUGGGAAAUUUCGUAAAGAAUUCCGCAACACAUUUACUUGUAUGUGUUGGAGGGAAGGUUACAGAGGACGAAGUCGCACGCCGGUUAACGCAUAUUUCUGUCGUUAUACAACAGCCACGAAGGGAAACGAAGGAAAUUUUUGUCAAAAACAAAGAUAUCAUUAAUUGUUUAACACGUUUUCGUGCUCAUAAUUUGAAUGGCUUGUAUAAAACCAUGCUCAAAUUCGCCAGUAAUUUGGAUUUCUUUGCCUAUAAAUUACUAAAAAUAUUCUUUAAAACGAUAGUUAUAAAUGUUUAAAUUUAGGUAAAUUAUUUUUA